AUGAACAAAAGGCAAAAGCUUAGGGUGAGGACUUCAGAGUCAUCUACGUUUCUUCAGAGAGAUAAGUCAGGCAUGGAUUACACAAGAGACUCGUCAAUAGUUGUUCCUCCAAAAAUAUCAAUGGAGCCAAGAGCCAGUGAAGUAAAAAAUGAAGACUCUUUGGAUUUUGGAUCUUUUGAUGAUUUUGACGUUAAGGCUGAGGAAAAGCCAUGGAAGCUGCAUGAAAUGGUGUUUUUGUCCUUUAGCAAUCUAUGCUACUAUGCAAGAAGGUACUGGACUUACAUGAUUAUUCUCGGCUUCUUUAUAUUUUUGAAUAUGAAGCCCUCAGAUUACCAGUUUUUACUUGACGAAAUAGAAAAGUUGAAAAGAGAAAACUUGGUUUUGCAGUCAAUCCAUAAGGUGGAGAACAUCGCCGAUAUUUCUUUUGGGACAGCCGUUUCGGACCAUUCUGAAAUAUACAGAUAUGGUUUCUUCAAGACCACUGUUUCAGAUCCGAAUUCAAUUAUUGAACCCGGACUAGGUAGUCUUCCGCUCGUUGGGCAGUCUGGAUUCUUUGAAAUAAAGUUAAGGUUGACAAGCACAGUCAAGAAGAUUGGCGUUUAUCACCCAGAAACAGCCAAUCCUGCAAGUGCCUUUAGAGAUUUUCUCGUUGUGGCAGGUGGAAAGGAAUUCAACUUUACUUUUGGAGGGAAGGGAUAUGAAGAGUUCAUUCUCAACGAUAUUACUACAAACAGCAUAAGAAUAGAGUAUGAAAACAACCAUGGAGAGCCUAAAUACACAUGCAUCUAUAGAAUUUUUGUGUUUGCGUAA